AUGGUUGCGGAUCUCUUGACCAAAGAAAAGGAGGAGACAGAGAAUAAGUUGGAGCCACGUCUUUUGCGUCGCCUUCAAAAUCGGAAGGAGUGGGAAGCAUAUUGGAUGAUCCGUGACUUGGAUAGUCGAGGGACAUAUUUUCCUCGGAUUUCUUAUUAUUUACAUAGAGGGGUUGAUAUUCCAGUAACAUGGUUUAGAGAAAAUGUUGUUGAGCCUUUACAUGAUAAAUACAAACUUCCAUAUUACCAUCGGAAAUUAAACCGUGUCCCAGACAUAGAUCAGUGCGGCGUCAACGAUCAAGGGUGUUACUUUGAAGCCAACGAACAGUUUCGCCUUGACAAAAUGGUUGAUUGGUUUAUCCUGCAAGUUUUGAAGGAACGCCUGGAAAGAUGCAUUAUUUAUAACAAAGAUAACAAGCAUCCAUGCGUAUCGUUGAUCGAAGAUGUUGAAGAGGCUGACUUAAAUUUCUUUAUAAAAUAUGGCGAGCUUGGGUCGGAAGGUGACGUAAAAAGUGCUUAUAUGAAACAAAAGCAUCGCAUGAUUUGGGAAAGGCGACAUCCGGAAAUAAUGGCUGAACGAGAACGAGCUUAUCAGGAGCAUAAAAAGCGUCUGGCAGCAGGUGAUUUUGAUAUGUCAUUCUGGAAGAAAGGACUCUUCUACCAAGAUAAGAAAAAUUAUGAGCCUCCUUACGAGUACCACCUUAGUAAAGCAACUACUGAGAAUGAUAAGCCUUUGUCAAAGGACUGGCAGUAUUAUAAGAAGGUCAAGGAAGAUCCAGAGUUUGACAAAGAGCAAGGAAAAACGAGUACUCCGCGUAUUUUCUUUUAG